AUGUAUGGUAUUCAAUCCAGGAUCUUCACUGUUAGUAGAGAUGUAGUGUUCAAGGAAGAUGUAUUUCCUUUCAAGUAUGCUCACACUACAUUUUUUAUAUUUCUUGUCUGGGAUCUUACCUCUGCUAUUCUCUCUUAUCCUGAAAACAAAUCAUCAUCUCAACAAUCUCAACUCAUUCCUUCUACUAAUUCUUCACCUGGUGAUGAGAUUCCUCUCAAUAACACAACAAGUAGAACUGCAACAGACACUAUUGAAACAUCGAUUGCUGGUGAUCUUAAUGUCUCAGUGUCUCUACCAGAUGAGUCAAGCUUGCCCUUAUCUUCACCACUGCCUGCUCCUGAGGCUCUUCUUAACAGAAGGUCCAUCAGAGAUAGCAGACCUCAUAUUUGGAUGAGGGACUAUGUCACUCACGACAAAGGGAAGGCCCAUUGCUGCUAUACUAUCUCCAAUUGUGUUAGUUGUGGUAAUGUCUCAUCAUCCUUUGGCAGAGCCUUGGCAGCCUACUCUAUCAUUGUUGAACCCAAGACAUUUGUUGAAGCUAUCAAAGAUCCUAAGUGGAUUGCUGCAAUGAAGGAUGAAAUCUUAGCUCUUGAGGAAAACAACACUUGGAGUAUAGUAGCUUCGCCUCCAGGAAAGAUGCCCAUUGGCUGCAACUGGAUCUUUAAAGUUAAGUACACUUCUUCAGGAGAGAUAGAGAGAUAUAAGGCAAGGCUUGUAGCCAAAGGAUACAGCCAGCAGGAAGGUCUGGAUUAUACUGAAACCUUCUCUCCAGUGGCUAGAAUGGUCACUUUGAGGUUUGUUUUGGCCAUAGCUGCUGCCAAACAGUGGUUCAUCUAUCAGAUGGAUGUCUAUAAUGUUUUUUUGCAUGGAGAGUUGCUUGAAGAGGUAUACAUGGAGGUUCCUAAUAUUUUUUCCAGCCAGGGAGGGAAACAGAUGGCUGGCAAACUUUGA